AUGCGUUUGCUCAAAACUACCCAGUCAAAUGCGGGGAACUUCGAAAUUGAGAUCUUCACCAACUACAAAACCCCACCAUAUGCCAUCUUGUCACAUACCUGGGGAGAAGAUGAAGUUACUCUUCAGGACAUGGAGGGAGACGGAGCCCGGGCGAAGAGCAAGACUGGAUUUUACAAGAUCGAAAAUUGCUGCACUUUCGCUUUGGCCAGCGGAUUCAACUACGUUUGGAUAGAUACGUGCUGCAUCGACAAGACAAGCAGCGCAGAACUUUCCGAGGCGAUCAACUCUAUGUACCGAUGGUACGAGGAGGCCUAA